AAUGGUGAUAAUCUCCAAUUCUACAGCUCAUCUUAUGAUGACCAGUACAGCUCAUCUUACUAUAACGAUGGCAGCGCUCCACCUCCUGCUGGUGAUAUACGAUCCUCAAACUAUGAUUACGCAAGUGGCGGCUCGUCUAUCUGGAGCGCUUUGGGAACGGGCGGUUUUGCAGAUGAGCCUCCUCUUUUGGAAGAACUCGGGAUCAAUUUUGGACACAUCAAGACAAAGAGCUUGACGGUUUUAAAUCCUUUCCGUAGGGUACCCGACACUAUUAUGGAUGAUGCCGAUCUGGCGGGACCACUCUUAUUCUUGUUGUUGUUUGGAAUGUGCUUAUUGCUCUCAGGCAAGGUUCACUUUGGCUAUAUCUAUGGUGUUGGUGUCCUUGGUGUUGUGUCGAUAUACUUGAUCUUGAACCUAAUGAGCGAGAGUGGCGUGGACUGGACAAGAACGGCAAGUGUAUUGGGCUAUUGUUUGCUCCCAAUGGUGAUGUUGAGUGGCUUCAGUGUGGUGCUGAAAUUAGGAAGUGCCGUAGGUGUUGUAUUGUCUGUCUUGAGCAUCCUGUGGUGCACUUAUUCUAGCUCAGGAAUGUUCACAAGCGUGUUACAUAUGAGUGAACAGCGAUACUUGGUUGCAUACCCUGUUGGUCUAUUCUAUGCUUCUUUUGCACUGAUGACUGUCUUC